AUGCCCGAGAUGUCUCUGCCCACCUGCUUCCUCUGCCUCCUCACCUUGUCUGCCGCCUGCUACAUCCAGAACUGCCCUCGUGGAGGAAAGAGAGCCUUCCCGGACACAGACAUCAGGCAGUGCAUCCCGUGUGGUCCUGGGAACAAAGGGAACUGCUUCGGCCCCAGCAUCUGCUGCGGAGAGGAGCUGGGCUGCUACUUCGGCACACCUGAAACUCUGCGCUGCCUGGAGGAGAACUACCUGCCCUCCCCUUGCGAGGCUGGAGGAAGACCUUGCAGCGCAGGCGGGAGAUGCGCAGCCUCCGGCAUUUGCUGCAAUGAAGAGAGCUGCACGGCUGACGCUGCAUGUGCAGAUGACUCCAACAGCAGAAGUCGGAUGUACUCCGAAAGGAACCUGACAGUGCUGGACGGCUCUGCAGGGGACCUCCUCUUGAAACUGAUGCACGCAGCCAAUGUAAACAAGCAGCAACAGGGCAAACAGCAGUUCUACUGA